GCAAGUACGUACCUACGACGACGACGGUGGUUACAGCAGCGUGGUAGCGAAACGACAUGGCAAGUACCUUUCCUGAGCCCACAUCAUCGUCAGCGGGCAGCAUUGGCAGUCGGACGCAUCAACAGAGCGCCUCCAGUUCCAGAGGCAAAACACAGAGAGUAAGAGAGUGCAAGCAGAAACACCAGCAGCAGCAGCAUAGACGACGACGACAACGAAAUCGGAGGUGCACAGCAAAACCAGACCCGGAGAUCGCCCGUCGUCGAAUUAGCGACGAUCAAUACAUGCUCCAACAGCAAUAUCUUAUCCUUAUUUUUUGCAUUUUCAACGACGCUGAUGAUGGUCUCUUUCCGCAAGAACAGGAAGCCACAGCCGAACCAAUCUCGCGGCAGCAAGAAGGAUCCGUAAACUUUGGAUUACUGUUUUAUUUCGGUAAUCAUUAGCUUCGCUGCGAUAUCGAUGGAAAAUCGAAGAUUUCGAAACUUCCAUCUUCUUUUUCUCGGAGGCCUAUCGAAAAUAUGAGAAACAGCCAGACGAAAAAUGUAAACGACGAUUCGAGCAGCGUCCAUUAUUGGAAGAUGAAGUUAACGAUAGGGAUCCGCGGCAGAGGAAUUUCCGAAGAAAGCUUCUGGGUAAAAUAUUGUUCGGACUAAAUUGGACAACCACCUCGAACCAAUGAAAUCAAAAAAGGAUACACAAGAAAUUGGCCGCAGACAUGUUUCUGCAAUUCCCGGGCAGCGAGUAAUUUCUGGAGCGUGAUGUUGGCCGGUAUCUUUGGUCCGUUUCAUCAUUCCAAGGCACCGGUCCUCCGACAUAAUGGACGUUGAUGACAAUCAUUAAGCGCGCGCCAACCAAAGUAUCAAACCGAACAACUCGGCGAUUGGUGAAUUUGCAUUCGGACAUUCGCAGUCUUGGCUUGUUUCUGUUUGGGCGCAAUGGGCAAUCGUUUCCAUUUUGCUGCGUUUUGACAUGCAUCGCGAAUGAUGAGUUGUGAACCUCCGGAGGCGAUUUUCGAAAAACGAAAAAAAAAAAGUUCAGCACUGGAGAAAAAUGACUGCGCGGAAUGGAUUCCAUGGUGAUUAUU